AUGGCUGAGAGACAAGUGAGUUUAAAAGAGUCAAAGGUUAAUGCAAAAUUUUAUGGAUUAAAGAGUUAUAAGCCUGAUAAGGAUGAAUUUGGUAUUAUUAGUGUACAAGUGGCAGGAAAGAAAUUAUGUCUAAGUAUUCUUAUUAGAGAUAUGAGUAGACUUGUAGAAGAUAGCUCAACUGUUGAUUCUGACAAUUAG